GCCGGCCGCGGGCGAGCUCUCCGGCGGCUCUCGGGCUGAGCGGGGCAGAGGGCGCGGGAGUCGCUGGGGGACGGUUGCAGGAGCGGGGGAGCGAUGGCUGGGGAGACUCAGCACCAGACCCUCCGGAAGAGCAUCGCAGCCGAGCCGCCCGCAGCGCCGCCCCGCGCCCCCAGGAGCGGCAGCAGCUCCGAGCGAGUGACUCUGAAGAAGGAGAUCGGGCUGGUCAGCGCCUGUGCCAUCAUUAUCGGUAACAUUAUUGGUUCUGGAAUCUUUAUUUCACCAAAAGGAGUUCUGGAACACUCUGGGUCAGUGGGACUAGCUCUUGUUGUUUGGGUGAUUGGAGGAGGGAUUGCUGUCCUUGGAUCUCUAUGUUAUGCUGAGCUAGGAGUUGCUAUCCCGAAAUCAGGAGGGGAUUAUUCCUAUGUCACCGAGAUUUUUGGUGGGUUAGCUGGGUUUUUGCUGCUAUGGAGUGCAGUGCUUAUCAUGUACCCUACCAGCCUGGCUGUUAUCGCAUUGACAUUUUCAAACUACGUUCUACAACCGGUGUUCCCUAAUUGCAUCCCACCCUAUAAUGCCUCCAGGGUCCUCUCCACUGUGUGUUUAUUACUCCUGACUUGGGUGAACAGCUCCAGCGUUCGAUGGGCAACUCGCAUCCAGGAUAUAUUUACAGCAGGAAAACUGUUAGCCUUGGCCCUUAUCAUUACUAUGGGCUUCAUACAGAUCUUUAAAGGAAACUAUGAAGAACUGACACCAAGCAAUGCGUUUGAUUUUUGGAUGUCUCCAUCUGUGGGACAGUUAGCAUUAGCUUUUCUUCAAGGGUCAUUUGCAUUCAGUGGGUGGAACUUCUUGAAUUAUGUCACAGAAGAAUUAGUUGAUCCCCGCAGGAACCUACCUCGUGCCAUAUUCAUAUCCAUCCCAUUGGUGACAUUUGUGUAUACAUUCACCAAUAUUGCAUAUUUCACUGCCAUGUCACCUCAAGAGCUCUUGUCCUCCAAUGCUGUGGCAGUAACAUUUGGUGAAAAGUUACUGGGCUAUUUUUCCUGGGUUAUGCCAGUCUCAGUGGCCUUAUCUACAUUUGGAGGAAUAAAUGGAUACCUUUUUACCUCAUCAAGGUUAUGUUUUUCUGGAGCUCGUGAAGGUCACUUGCCCAGCUUGCUUGCUAUGAUUCACGUUAAACACUGCACCCCAAUCCCUGCCCUUCUAGUGUGUUGUUUGACCACAAUUAUCAUCAUGCUUGUUGGAGACACGUACACAUUAAUUAAUUAUGUGUCGUUUAUUAACUACCUCUGCUAUGGAGUGACAAUCAUAGGCCUGAUUGUGUUGCGCUGGAAGAAACCCAAAAUCUUCAGACCUAUCAAGGUGAAUCUCCUUGUUCCAGUCACUUACCUGUUAUUUUGGGCAUUUCUACUGAUCUUCAGUUUCUAUUCUGAGCCAGUCGUCUGUGGAAUUGGACUAAUCAUCAUAUUAACUGGAGUGCCCGUGUUUUUUCUUGGAGUGUACUGGAGAAAUAAACCAAAGUGUGUAAAUAGACUAGCUGAAUCCAUGACAUACUGGGGACAGAAGUUGUGUUUCGUCGUCCACCCUCAAGAGGGAGCUCCAGAAGAGGAUGAUCUGCCUUUCACUCAUUCUCAGCUACCACGAAGUGAAAAGUCCUUGAAGAAACAGCGAAAAGUCCUUGAGAAAUAAUGAAGCAAUCAAUGAGACAGAAGUAGCUUUUUGUUUACAUGUUGAUUUUUGCAAAAAGUUUUUCUUGGGAAAAAAAAAAAGUUUUUAGAAGUCAGAUACAGAAGCCCAUGAAAUGAGCUACACCUUUACAACAGACCUUAGCUCUUAGCUUUUCCUAAAAAAAUAAAAUAAGGAGCUGGUUA